GUUAGGCAGUUGCAUGGAGUAGCUAGUAGUCCCAAAUCUAGAGUUCACAACCAGCAAGUUCUUGACCAAGUUAACAAUAUGCAAGUGCAUCGCGUGAAGCUGCUGGCUGUGUCGGCCGGUGCGCUCAUAUUUGGCAUUAUAUACGGUUGGGUUAUAUUUCCCAAGAUCCUAAAGUUUAUGAUAUCGAAGCAAGUAACGCUCAAGCCGGGCACUGAUGUACGGGAUCUUUGGUCAGCCACGCCAUUUCCGUUGCAUUUCUAUAUCUAUGUCUUUAAUGUGACCAAUCCCGAGGAGGUUACAAAGGGAGGCAAGCCGCGCGUACAGGAAGUGGGACCAUUUGUUUUCGACGAGUGGAAGGACAAAUAUGAUUUGGUGGACGAUGUCGUUGAGGAUACGGUCAGCUAUAAUAUGCGAAAUACAUUUAUUUUCAAUGAGAAGGCCUCGAGUCCGUUGACGGGGGAGGAAAUGAUUACAAUGCCGCAUCCGUUACUGCAGCCCGUCGGCAUAACCGUGCUGCGUGAACGCGCUGCCAUGAUGGAACUUAUUUCGAAAGCCCUGACUCUAGUAUUUCCCGAGGGGAAAGCCUUCCUGACCACCAAAUUUAUGGACAUCUUCUUUCGGGGCAUCGAUGUGGAUUGCUCCUCGGAGGAGUUUGCAGCAAAGGCCCUCUGCACCGUAUUCUACACCGGCGAGGUCAAACAGGCCAAGCAAGUGAAUCAGACACAUUUCCUCUUCUCGUUUUUGGGUCAGUCCAAUCAUUCAGAUGCCGGUCGCUUCACAGUCUGUCGGGGCGUCAAGAACAACAAGAAAUUGGGCAAGGUUGUAAAAUUUGCUGACGAACCGGAACUGGACGCUUGGCCUGGCGAUGCCUGCAAUCAGUUCAUAGGCACGGAUUCGACUGUGUUCCCGCCAGCGAUGAAACGCGAUGCGGGCAUCUGGGCCUUCACGCCCGACAUUUGUCGAUCGCUGGGCGCCGUUUAUCAGCAUAAGUCGUCGUAUCAUGGCAUGCCCGCAUUGCGAUACACACUGGACUUGGGCGACAUACGAGCGGAUGAGAACUUGCAUUGUUUCUGCGAUGAUCCCGAAGAUUUGGACACAUGUCCACCGAAGGGCACCAUGAAUUUAGCGCCAUGUGUGGGUGGACCCUUGAUUGCGUCCAUGCCGCAUUUCUAUCGAGGAGAUCCCAAGCUGGUGGCCGAUGUGGAUGGUUUGCAUCCGAACGAGAAGGACCAUGAGGUCUACAUAGAUUUUGAAUUGAUGUCGGGCACACCUUUUCAGGCGGCCAAACGCUUGCAAUUCAAUUUGGAUAUGGAAGCGGUCGAGGGCAUUGAGCCGAUGCGGCACCUUCCCAAGCUUAUAAUGCCCAUGUUUUGGGUGGAGGAGGGCGUUCAUCUCAACAAGACAUACACCAAUAUGCUGAAGUAUACGCUGUUUCUUGGCUUGAAGUUCAACUCUGGUCUGCGCUGGACGCUCAUAACGCUCUCCCUGGUGGGUCUCAUGUCCUCGGCCUACUUGUUCUAUCAGCAGUCGGAUAGCGUUGAUAUAACCUUGCCGCCUAAAAUCAUUAAGGAAUCGAACAAGGUUUCCGAUGUCAUCGCCAAGCCGAAGCCCACGGCCCCCCCUCCCCCACCACAGUUGCCACCCAUACCAGGCGCUGAUCUCUCCAAUCCCAAGGAGACAAGAGAGCGCUAUUAGCAUUUCUUUGCACAAAAAUGCAUACCGUAGUUACUUCUCAGACCUGUUAGAUCUAGCUUUUAGCUGUUGUUGCUGUUUUAGUCAAAGCACUUAAUAAAAUACAAAGUUGUUGAAACUUUCAAAAGCA